CAUCCGCGCCGGCACCGGCUAACAAUAUAAAGACGCCGGUAAAUGCCAUCAACAAACAAUUCAUUCCAUCUCACCGACCAUCACCCAUUCCUUCAUCUAUCAUCGAUAUCUUGUAUUAUACCCGGCGUCCACUGCAGGUUAAACGGGCGCCCAUUCGGUCCGAUUGAUUCGAUUCCGUUGCGGGGAUUAUCGAGUGCCAGUGCGCCGUUUUCUGUAUAUAACCGCGCUGAUCACUCACUGCACUCACUCACUUCCGGUCAGCUGCAGCACACGCGGAGACACCUAGUCACCUUUGAUCAGAUUUCGACGGGAUUUAAUCCGGUAUCAUGCGGACUAGCAGCACGAUGAUGCGGCGCGCGGCGCUGGCCUGCAGUUUGUUGGCGGUGUGCGCCGCGCAGUACAUGCCGUCGCGGCAGAGCGCCGGAUACGCCGGCGGCUAUGGGGAGCAGGCGGGACUGUCGGGAUCCGGAGGAAGCGGCUACGGCGGCGGAUCCAGCGGGAUGCAGCAGGGAUACGGCCAGGGGCAGGGCCAGGCUGGCAGACCCAACGGAUACGGAUACAGCUCCGCCUACCAAGAUACGUAUAACUCGGGUUCGUCUGGCUUGUCCUCGGGCGGCGCCAGCGGCUACGCGUCGGGCGGCAGUUUCGGCGGGUCCGGACUGCAGGGCGGUGCGGGAUCGGGAUCGUCAUCGGGACGCGGCCAGGACAACGGCAAUCCGCUGAACCGCCUCAAUCCCAACUACCUCGGACCCCGCCCGGAUUACUGCAAACGCCCCACGGGUCAAUUCUCCGUGCCCAACGACUGCACCUCCUUCUACAACUGCUACGACAACAUUGCCUGGAUCCAAAAGUGCCCUGAAGGAUUAGGCUUCAACGAGCAAACCUACCAGUGCGACUACGCCGAGGCCGUCGGGUGUGCAGCGGCCGCCCAAGCCGCCGCCGCGCAGGCCUCGCGUCUGCAGCAGCAGAGCUACAGCAGCGGCUACAACUCCGGCUCCGGCUCGGGCUACUCCGCGGGCGGCAGCAAUUACGGCUCGCAGUCGCAGGGAUACGGCGGCAGCGGCAGCGGCAGUGGCAGCAGCGGCUACGGCUCCUUCGACGCCGGUUACGGCCAGCAGCAGCAGCAGGGCGGCCAGUACGGCUCCGGCUCCGGCUCGGGUUCCGGCUCGGGCUACAACACACCCAUGUACAACCUGUACGCCAGCGCCGGUGGCGCCGACUCCGGAUCCGGCCUGGCGGGAUCCAACGGUCGCAACAACGCCAACACCGGCUACCGUCCGUUGUCUUCCCAGGGCGGUCGCGCUCUGCCCAUGUACCACGAAGGCCGCGACACGGAGAGCGAGAGCGGCGCGUUCCGGCCGGCGGCCUCCGACCCUCGACCGCAGAUGCAACCGGCUCCCAACCGCCCCAUGGACCCCCGUUUCCAACAAUUAUCCAGCAACACCGUCGACGUCCACGACCCACAGCAAGGCAACGCCGGACAGGGCCCGCACAGUCAAUCUACCGGCUCCCAACAGCCCUGGCCCCUCCCCUGCCCCGACAACGGCGCCCCCCGCCGCCAGCCUUGGCAGGACGCCGCCUCGGGGCGGGAGCAGCUGCUCUUCGCCAACGAGACCAACCCGAUGAUGCCCAACGGCGCGGGACCGACGGCGGGCGAGCCAGCCGGGGAGAUGCACGCCGGGAAGGUGGUGUUCGGACCGGAAGGACCCCAGGAGCAGCCGGCGCCCUGCCAUCCCUGCCAGCAGCCCGCGGCGACGUGUCCGUCGCGACCGGAAGCGCGCUGCUUCGAUGAUGUGUGCGGCGGCUGUCGGGCGCGCUUCUUCGAACGACGAGCCGCGCCCGGUUCCGGCAGUAACGGCACCGGCUGGCAGGAGGUCACGGAUCAGUGCAAUAAUAAUAAUAACGCCGGGCCGCUGCAGCCUUCCGGAUCCAGAUGAUAUUCGCCGCAUGGCUGAGACUACAGUUAGCCCAAAUUGUUCUCGUGUUU